AUGGGCACCCGGCACCUCGUCGUCGUCAUCCUCAACGGCAUCUGGUACAUUGCCCAGUACGGCCAGUGGGACGGGUACCCUGAGGUAGUCGGCAUGCAGCUCGUGCGUCUGCUCGCCAGGCCCGACCUCGUGCGCGACCUCCGCGCCGGGCUGCCGCACACGUACGAGCCCGACGAGGCGACCGUGCAGCGGCUCGAGGCCGACGCCGCCGAGCCGCUGCAGAUCCUCAACCACGUCGAGGCGCGGCUCGACCACAACGGCGAGCUGCGCUUCUCCGACUACCAGGAGUGGCGCCGCGACCCCCUCGCGCGCUGGGCGCCCGAGCUGCUCGACAUGCUGCCCUCGCUGCACCGCGACACGAGCGCCGCCGUGCUCGUGCUCGUCGCCCGCGGCGCCUCGGCCGAGCGGCCCCUGCCCAUCCACCGCCAGCCCGAGUUCGCCAACGACGGCCUGUUUUGCGAGUGGGCGUACGUCGUGGAUCUCGACACCGACGUGCUCGAGGUCUACGAGGGCGCCGCGGCCAAGACACCCGGACACCGCUUCGCCCACGUCGGUCCCGACUCCGCCACGGUCCCCGUCCUGGUCCUCUCGCUGCCGUUUGACAAGCUCGACGACUACAAGAACGACCGGAACGCCUUCGUUGCCCGCAUCAAUCACGAGAUUGAUGGCAUCAACAAACGCAACGCGGCAGCUCGCAAGGAGCUAGACGAGUAA